AUCGCGGAGUGGGGCCCUGUGGGGCGGGUGGGCUGUGACCCGGCGGGGACGGAGCCUGAGGGGAGCGGGGCGCGUCCCGUCCCGUCGGGAUCCCGAUGGAGGCGGCUGAGCUCUGCCCGCCGCCCGCCGGAGCCAUCCGGCCCAUCGACCGCAAGUCUGUCCAUCGGAUCUGCUCGGGACAGGUGGUGCUGAACCUCGGCAUUGCCGUCAAAGAGCUGGUGGAGAAUAGCUUGGAUGCCGGAGCGACCAACAUCGAUAUAAAACUUAAAGAUCAUGGAGCAGAACUGAUAGAGGUCUCGGAUAAUGGAGAUGGAGUGGAAGAGGAAAACUUUGAAGGCUUGACUCUGAAACAUCAUACAUCAAAGAUACAAGAUUUUUCUGAUCUGAUACAUGUUGAAACAUUUGGGUUUCGAGGUGAAGCUUUGAGUUCGCUGUGUGCAUUAAGUGAUGUUACCAUUUUCACCCGUCAUAAGUCAGCAAAGGUUGGGACUCGUUUGGUGUUUGAUCACAAUGGUAAAAUUACUCAGAGAACUCCUUUCCCCCGCCAGCAAGGCACAACUGUGAGUGUGCAGCAGCUGUUUUCCACCUUACCUGUGCGGCAUAAAGAGUUCCAGAGAAACAUUAAAAAGGAAUAUGCAAAAAUGGUCCAGCUGUUGCAGGCGUACUGCAUUGUUUCCAAAGGAGUGCGGAUUAACUGCACUAAUCAAGUGGGCCAAGGGAGGAAAAGCUGUGUGAUAUCCACUGCUGGAAGUCCUAGUUUAAAGGAAAACAUUGGAGCAGUAUUUGGACAAAAACAGUUGCAGAGCCUUAUUCCUUUUGUUCAGCUCCCUCCUAGUGAAGCUGUUUGUGAAGAAUAUGGACUCAACACUGCUGACAUGCCACCAAAUCUGUACAGACUCACAGGCUUCAUUUCUCGCUGUGAUCACGGGGUUGGAAGGAGUACAACAGACAGACAGUUUUUCUUUAUCAACCAACGCCCCUGUGACCCAGCAAAGGUUGUCAAGAUUGUGAAUGAAGUUUAUCACUUACACAAUAAACACCAGUACCCAUUUGUUGUCCUUAACAUUGGGGUAGAUUCUGAGUGUGUUGACAUUAAUGUAACUCCCGACAAAAGGCAGAUUUUACUUCAGGAGGAGAAGUUUUUAUUAGCAAUUCUAAAAACUUCUCUGAUGCAAAUGUUUGGCAGUGAUGUUAACAAACUGAAUGUCAAUCAGAAGCUUCUGGACAUUGCAGGCAAUUUGAAGAAGACACUUCCUGAAGAGACAGAAAAGCCUCAGGUAGAAAUGCUGUCUCACUCUGAGACUGAAAGUCCAAGCAGUGAAGGCAAAAGAACAAUGACUCUUGCUGGAUUAAGGGAGUCCUUCUCUCUCCAUCAAACACCAGAGUGUAAUUUUCGAAGCCCUAAAAAGGUAAAACAGCUGCACAGUUCCCCCAGACAAAAGUUACUUGAUACCACUGUGAGUACUGGAAAGACUCAAAAAGCUGUGUUCACUAAGGAGCCUGGGGGUUGUCAUAAGGUGGACUCAAAGGUGUCAAUUCUGAGCAAAUACUUGAGAAAAUUAGAAGAUAACUCAGAUUCUGGAUUCUGUAGCAUUUCUGAGUCAGAUGCUGGAUGUAGUACACCAGAGGCUGGGAGCUGCAUCAAUAGUGAAAGUGCAAUUAAUUCUGAAGAAGAAUUCUGUAGCACAGAAGAACAACUUCAAAGUGAAUGUCUUAAAACUGCUGGAUGCAGUAAGAAAUCACUGGACUGUGAUGGUCAGGUCUUGGGCACUGAACCUAAGUCAGAUCAAGAGAACGACAGGACUGACCAAAGUAAGUUCUCUCAAGAAGCCAAUAGUUCUUCUCCAAGAGUAAAACGUUUUAAAAGCAGAAACUUUAAAAGCAAAGCAGAGGAUUUGGAGGCAGGUAAAUACCCUGAAGUGAAGAACACUUCUGCUGAUGUACUGGUGAAAGUUAAAAAGAAAAUUGUGCCUCUUGAAUUCUCCAUGAAGGUUUUGGCAGAAAAGGUCAGAAAGGUAAUACAGCAACAACAGAAAAGGACAGAAACAGAAAAUUACAGAAGAUUUAAAGCAAAAAUUAGUCCUGGGGACAAUAAAGUAGCAGAAGAUGAAUUAAGAAAAGAAAUCAGUAAAGAAAUGUUUGCAAAAAUGGAAAUCAUUGGCCAGUUCAAUUUAGGGUUUAUAAUAACAAAGUUGAAUUCUGAUCUUUUCAUAAUUGACCAACACGCUACUGAUGAGAAAUACAACUUUGAGAUGUUGCAACAACACACUGUCCUCCAAGGUCAGAAGCUGAUAGUGCCUCAGAAUCUCAAUUUAACAGCGGUAAAUGAAACUGUAUUGAUUGAAAACCUGGAAAUAUUCAAAAAAAAUGGGUUUGAUUUUGUCAUAGAUGAAAAUGCUCCUGUAACUCAAAGAGUUAAAUUGGUAUCGUUGCCAACAAGCAAAAACUGGAUUUUUGGUCCCCAAGACAUCGAUGAGCUGAUCUUCAUGUUGAGUGACUGCCCUGGAGUCAUGUGCAGGCCCUCCAGGGUCAGACAGAUGUUUGCUUCUCGAGCUUGCAGAAAGUCUGUGAUGAUUGGAACUGCACUGAAUGUGCAGGAAAUGAGAAAACUGAUCACCCAUAUGGGUGAGAUUGAGCAUCCCUGGAACUGCCCCCAUGGAAGGCCUACUAUGAGACACAUAGUCAGUUUAGACAUGAUUUCACCAGAAUAAGUCAGUUCCUGCUUAUUAACAUUGUUCAUUUUAAUUCUUGGUGGUAUUUUGAGCUUUUACCAUGACUCUUUUAUUUUAAGUAAAAGGAUUUUAGCCAGUUUUCAAAGUUGGAAACAAUAGCACUUGAAGGCAUUCAGCAGGGUUUCUUUGUUAUUCCUCUCAAGUCAGCAAUACUGGAACUCAUGUGUAAAUAACUUUUACUGAAGUUUACUUAUGUGUAUUACUUAUUUGUGCAGCAAUCAAAACUUUCAUAAAAUAAAUAUAGAUGUUUA